CAUGCUUGAUCGGAUCGACGUAAUUAGGAAAAUAACAAAGAGAAGUUGUUGCUGGGAAACCUACAUUAUUAGAUUGCAGGGAUAAAAGGAUUUCCAAAAUGGCGAAAAAGUUGCUUGUGAAAUUAUGGGGCUUUCGACCGAUUUUCUACGCUGUAAUAACUCGUGUUUUGUUCUUUAUUCAUGGAUUUCUGUCUGUGUGGCUUCUGGCACACUGUUUGAAUUUGAUAGAGUACUGGGCAACCAUUUUGGGCAUAGUUUUGUUGUUCUUCGAGAUGGUUUACACGUUACUUGCUCGCAAAGGACAAGAAUACAAGUACUUUUGGCCAAGCUGUUUCUUCUACAUGUCUACAAUGAUUCCUGUGAUAUGGAUUUUAGAAAUAGACCUUCUGGAACUGCGUAUAAAUCCAACAGAGCCACCAAGUGUAAAUGGAACUGUACAACCUCAAGGGAAUAUUCCUGGGUGCCUUGGAAAUGUGAGUACAUCAAUACUGGCCAAACAGAUUUGUGAACUGGGUCUGAUCAUUGGAAUAAUCAUUGGAAGAUGGCUUCUACCAAGAGGUGAGAUAACCCGUGACCAGCUGUCCGCUCUUUUACUGGGUUAUGUUGGCACUGCAGCAGACAUUCUUGAAUUAUUUGAAGUCCUUCAAGAAGAUGUUGUCCAAACAGAGAAGUCAGUGACAUAUGCAGUGCUUGGUGUGUAUACAUGGAGCUUGUUACAGUUCUGUCUUGUCACCACAGCCACAACUGGAAAGAACAACCAGAUAAGAAUCACAAACAACAAGGUUUCACCUGAUGAUGUCAUAAACCGGAAAAUAAGUCUCCAUAAGUAUGAAAAAAAAGAAGAUCUCAAGGAGAGAUACAUUCAGAGAUUGCAGAUGAAACGUCGUCAAACAGAAAUGAAUGUCUUGCGUGGAAAGGGAUACAAAGGUGAAAAGAAGGAGAAGAAAAUUUACCCAAUUACAACUGCCAGGGGAGAGGUGAAAGAGAUAUCUCGUCGUGAAAUGCUGCUUCAUGGUGACAUAUUUGGCAUCCUGACUGGUAUCUUCAUGCAAGAUGGACCAUUUUUGAUUCUGCGACUGCUUUUGAUUAUUAAUUACCAGGUAUACAGUGAGAUGCAUAUUUUCUUCACAUGUAAGAAUGCCAUUGCUUUGAGUCUGCUGGUGUAUAGGUUGUGUAUCCUGACAUGUACUGGUGAAGAUGAGAAGGACAUUGAACAUGAGGAACAGGAGUCCAGGUUACAAAAUGUCCAACAAGCAGUGUUAAGCGAGAACUUUAAGAGGGCAGGUGCCAUACAACUGGCAGGUUGAUGGCAACUGUAAGGUUUUUACUUCUAUUUAAUGUGGCUUUGUUACAUGUUUGUGCUUUGAUGAAUCAAGACCACCCACAAUAUAAAGCACAGUUUUUCUCUGUUGUGACUGAAUAGAAAUGUAUUUGUGACACUUUUGUUGCUAAAAUGGCCAAGGUUAAAUCUAGUAUUACUGCAACGGAAAACAGUUGCUGAAAAACACCUGCAAGCAAUUUGUUUGUAGGAUUAAAGUCAACAAUCCUGAGCAGAAAGAUCCUGCCUUUUUGGGUACUCAUUUGCAGUUAGUUGGCCGUUUUAAUCCAACAAAGCACCACAUUGUACAUAGCCUACUCAAUGAAGAGACAAUAACUAUGCCUUGGAUGAAUGUUUUCUUUGUAUGAGGUAACAAAUUAAGAAUCUGCACUGUACAUCUAAACUAAUGUACUGAUGUGAACUUAAAUGAAAUAUGCAUUGUAUCAUUUAAGACUGUGAUCACUCUGUAACCAUCCCCCGGUAAGCUCAAUUGGUUAGAGCGCUGGAGUGUGUUGUGUGGGAGGUCGAGGGUUCAAGCCCUGGCCGGACCAACACUCGU